ACAUAUAUGUGGGUAUAUGCAGGUGCACACAACAACAGGCUGCAAAAACACAAGGCAUUUCAUUGUUUAAAUACUAGGAGCACAGAGAUAAAAAAAAGGUAGCAGCAAUGAGGUUCUCAGUCUACCUAAUCCUGCUCUUCCUUUGGAUACCACAAGAGCGUGCAACUUCUGCAAACACAAAAGUCUCUAUUGAUUACAAAGUGGUAAAACAGGGGGACAAUCUCAUGCUGAACUGCACCUACAAUUGCUCAGCUGGAUUUGUGGAUGGCUUCUGGAGGACAGAGUCGGAAAUCUCUCCUUGCAACAAAACAAAAACUAAUAACUUUUGUACUGUUUCAAUCUGCCUGGUAAAUAUUUCCACCCAAGAUGUAGAAAAGAACUACAGCUGCUACACAGAAGUUUCAGACGACCCUAACCUGACAAAAGAAUAUGUGCGCAUUGUUUUCCUUCGACUUCAAGCUCAAGACACCUUCUCCAACUGGACAAGUAACCCAAAUAUUGAUCGUAAAAACACAUCGCUUCCUGCUGAACCAGGAACUUCAAAUGGAGGAGAAUUUAAUGGAAUGAAGGUUUUGGCAGCAGUGACCGUCACAGUUGCCAUGGUUCUUACUGUUUUGGCUGUCUUCUUGUGUGUAAACCGCAACAAGCAGGUCUGGAAAGGCAAAGGGAAGCGGACUGUGUCCAAGUCAUGCUCACCUCAAGCCCCAUAUAAUGCCCUUCUUCCAGUAAAAGGGACAUUAUCAGCACAAAGCGAGAAAAUAACCUUACGGAUUCCUCCACCUGACAAUGAGGGGGAUACAGAGGUUCCCUACGCGGAUAUAAUGAUCACCGUCCGAGGGGUCAGUACACCCGAGCUCACUCAGGCAGGCUACUUAGGAGCAGGGGAGUGGAGAGGAAAUGACUCAAGAUGCCACCUCCAGGCCUCGCGUUCAGCUGACAGACUGCAUGUGCCCCAGCCCAGAGAGGUCAGCCGCAAGAUGAGCACCAACUCUGAGUAUGCAGUUAUCACAUAUGCCUGACCAUGGCUGUGUCAUUAAAUUACAUCAGAAAUGUAUAGACCCACUUAUUGUGUAAACCGUGUUUAGAAAACUCCUGUUACUACUGGUUUUGUGGAAGUCCAGGCCUUUUUUUAGUAAGAGCUGCUUUUUAUGUAGCGCUUGUUAAAACAUGUG